AUGGCCGAGGACUUCAUGCGUGAUAUCGAUGCCGAAACAGCAAUGGCAUUUUAUGUAAUCGAUGAAAAGAUGAAAGAACAAGGUCGAAGUUGCAGUGAUUCUGGUAUACCAUCACCAGCAUCUGUUCCUUAUUCAUUUGAAUCAAAAAUUAUCAACACGGAAGAAGAACUUCGAAUAGGACAAGAAAUGUAUGCAAUGUUCAACCAAGAUCAACGUUCAGCAGCGGAUGCAAUUCUUGCAAGUCAUCGUAAACAAUCAACCACCGCUGCUGGCUCAUGUUUCUUUAUUGAUGGUCCUGGAGGUAUAGGAAAAAACUAUCUCUAUAACACCCUGUACCAUUUAUUCAUGGGAAAAGGAGUCCAUGUUAUGACAGUUGCAUGGACAGGAAUUGCUGCAAGUUUAUUACCUGAAGGAAGAACUGUGCAUAGUCGUUUCAGACUUCCUGUACCUAUCUUGAAAACAUCUACAUCCGGUAUUCGAUCAAAUAGUAAGGAAGCUGAAGAGAUUAGAAAGACUCAAGUUUUUAUCUGGGACGAAGCACCAAUGGCUCCAUCUUAUGCUCUCAAUGCAGUUGAUAUUUUGUUGAGAGAUAUAAUGAACAUAGAUGCACCUUUUGGAGGAAAAAUUAUGAUACUUGAUGGAGAUUUUCGACAAGUUCUUCCAGUCAUUCGAUUUGCAAACAGAUCAGAAUUAACUGCAGCGAGUCUCAAAAGUUCCAACCUUUGGUCUUACUUCAGAGUCAUGCAUCUACACCAGAACAUGAGAACAGGACCACGUGAAGAAGAGUUCUCAAAGUGGCUUAUUAAACUUGGCAACGAAGAUGAUGAAAUCGAAUUACCUCGCUCCUGUAUGUUAGACAGUAAUUUGGUUGACGAGAUCUUUGGCCAACACAUUUCUAUAGAAAAUGUUCCAACUCUAUGCAACAGAACAAUUCUUUGU